AUGGACUCGGGAGGCGCGUGGGACAUCCUAAUUGGCAAGCCAAUCUUGCGAUUGCUUAACGCCGUGCAAGACUUCGCGGGGGACACGGUGCAGGUCUCAGAUGGGAGUAGAGCGGUCCUGCUCAAGAACGGUGGGGUGAUGACAAAGAUCGGGCAGAGACCGAGGCGAGGAGCCUCUGUGGGGGACGCAUUGUCCGCAAUCUCCCCCGCGAGGCGAGUACCUUCUCCGAACCUGUGCGAGCUUGAUGAUCCAGCUUGGACAGCGAUAGCGGAAAUACGCACUGCAGACCACAAGAUGGAUAAGGUGGCCACACGAGUGACCCUCCCGGGGGACGUGUUGUCCGCAACCUCCCCCCGAGGCGAGUAG